UCCAGUGUCACAGCUGUUCUCAAAUCGGUCAUCUACAGAAGAUGUGUCCAAGUAAUCGCAGAGAACUCAAGACUGCAAACGUGGUGGACUGCUCUGAUAGUGACUCUGAAUUAGAUGUGUACCAUGUUAUCAAUACCGUGCGUUCUGGGUAUGAAGUGCAGCUAAACGUAGAAGGGCAAGACCUCUGCAUGCAGAUUGAUACGGGAGCAGCUGUAACACUAAUUCCUGAGAGUGUGAGGCUGAACGCAUUUCCUCAUGUCAAGUGCGAGCCAUCUCGAGUCACCCUAAAAACAUACACUGGGGAACCUGUUCCAGUAAAAGGGCAAUGCAACGUUUCCGUUACGGUGGGAAAACAGUCUUUGCGGCUACCCGCUAUUAUCGUCAAGGAUAACGGCAAGCAGCUACCAUUGCUGAUGGGGCGAAGUUGGCUUGAAAGGCUCGGGCUUGACUGGAAAAGCGUGUUUGCUAUAAAUGUAAGCGACUCUCACAAGGUAGAGGCGGUUAAAAAGAAGUUCCCAGGGGUGUUUUCUAAGCAACCUGGAAAAGUAAAAAACUAUCAAGCAAGGAUAGUUUUAAGCCAGAAUUGUACGGCUAUUUUUGGCAAGGCCAGAAACGUCCCAUUUGCGCUUCGAGAUAAAGUGGAAGGCGAGCUAGAAAGGCUAGAGAAAAGCGGUGUUAUACGCCCCGUAAAUCGGAGCGAUUGGGCCACGCCAGUAGUCGUAAUCCAAAAGAAAGAUGGUUCACUGAGGCUGUGCGGGGACUACAAAGUCACCAUUAAUCCUGUUUUAAAGACCGACCACUACCCAUUGCCUAGACCGGAAGAUUUGUUCUCUGCCAUAGCUGGCGGCAGAGGGUUUUGUGUGUUGGAUCUUUCGGCCGCGUAUCAGCAGAUUCCGCUCACUGCCGAGUCCCGACCACUGCUAACUAUUAAUACGCACAGGGGGCUGUUCGAGUUCCAGCGCUUACCAUUUGGGGUAGCCAGUGCGCCAGCCAUUUUUCAGUCCUUCAUGGAUGAGGUGCUCAAAGGCAUACCGCACGUGGGAUGUUACAUAGACGACGUCAUUGUGUCGGGAAAAGACUUAGCCGACUGUCAAAAAACGUUGGAACUAGUCCUGCAGCGGCUGAGUGACUACAACGUGACACUGAAAGAGGAAAAGUGUCGGUUUUUUCAGAGCACUGUGACUUAUCUCGGUCACACUGUGUGCGCUGAAGAUUUCGAGCUCUCCAUGCGGGAGCAGCAGCAGCGUACCAAAGUGCAAAAGGACAUGUCUAGGGGGGUUCCGCGAUGUUUUGCUGUGGGGGACGCUGUGUGGGUGAAGACUGUGCGAGGUGAAACAGUGUCGUGGGAAGAUGGUGUCGUGACACAGGUUAUCAGUCCCGUAACCUAUCUGGUGAAAGUGUCGCAGGCGGUGCGAUUUACGCAUUCGGACCACAUCAGAGCCCGCCACGGAAGCCAGGAUUCUUCAAGUUAUCCGCAGGCACAACCUGCUCCAACGGCAUCCGUAGACACGACUCCACCGACGGUUCCGAUGGCGUGUGGGCCAGUCGCCGGGUCGCCUCUCGUAAAUCCACACGCAACCGACUCUGCGACGUCUCUCCUUCCGGCAACUGCAUCGCCCACGGCCGGAGCAGCUGCCUCCGGCUCGCCGGACCAGCCCAGUGCCGACGACGCGCCACCUGCAGCCGAACUUUCAACUCUGCGUCGUAGUGCACGUGUACGACAUGCCCCGAACAGAUACCAGUCCAGUGAUUUUCGGAAGUAA